CAAUAAAAUAAGAGCGUGCGGACGGCAGAGUUGAAAAUAAGUGUGAUGAAAAUGGAGGUGUGUGGAGUUUUGGAGACACCUCAAUUGCUUGGGCAAAGUCCAUAUCUUCGCUCUCUACUUCCCCAGAAAGUUUCUCAGUGUGGAGAUAUAGGAGGAUGAGUACUUCCCCUGUUAACAGCAGCAGCAUUGACUCUGGGGCAUCUCAGAAGGCAGAUGAGAUGAUUGUUUCAAUAACUGGAGCCACUGGGUUUAUAGGUAAAAGAUUGGUGCAGAAAUUGCAAGCAGAUAAUCAUCGCGUGCGGGUCUUGGCACGGUCUAGGUCGAAAGCUCUGUCAGUAUUUCCGGUCAAGGACUAUCCAGGACUUGAAAUAGCAGAGGAGCCAGAGUGGGGAAACUGCAUUCAAGGAUCAACAGCUGUUGUAAAUUUGGCUGGAACGCCUGUAAGCCAGAAAUGGACUCCUGAGAUCAAGAAAGAUAUCAUGGAAAGCAGGACUAAAGUAACUUCAAAGGUUGUCGAUUUAAUUAACAGUUCACAGGAUGAACUUUGUCCCAAGGUUUUGAUUAGUGCAACAGCAAUCGGCUACUACGGCACCAGUGAAACAAGCGUUUUCGAUGAGAACAGUCCAUCUGGAAAUGAUUACCUGGCAGAGGUUUGUAGAGAAUGGGAAGCAGCUGCUCUAAGGGUUAAUAAGGAUGUCAAGACAGCGUUGAUUCGUAUUGGUCUUGUCCUUGGAAAAGAGGGUGGUGCUUUGGCCAAAAUGAUUCCCCAGUUCAAGAUGUUUGCUGGUGGACCUAUGGGGUCUGGAAGGCAAUGGAUUUCAUGGAUUCAUGUGGAUGACAUGGUAAACUUGAUCUACGAGGCUCUAUGCAACCCUGCUUAUAAAGGAGUGAUCAAUGGCACGGCACCAAACCCUGUUCGGCUGUCAGAGUUGUGCAACCAUUUGGGAUCCACCUUGGGACGGCCCUCUUGGCUGCCUAUACCAGAAUUUGUACUCAAAUUUGCUCUCGGAGAAGGUGCUUGUCUGGUUCUUGAAGGACAAAAUGUGAUUCCAGCGAGGGCCAAGGAACUUGGUUUUGCUUUCAAGUAUACUGACGUGAGAGAGGCUCUGAGAUCGAUCGUUACUGAGAAAACUCAGGCCUGAGACACAAUUAUAAGAUAAAAUUCUAGAUUCUUUUCUUUCAUGUAGACUGCCAACAGGAUGUUUGGAAUAUUGGUCAGGUUUGAUUCACUUUUAUCUUGGUUGGAGAAACUACCCUCAGUUUGCGCCAGCCACUUUGUCUGGGAUGUGAUAGGCUUUUAUUAUUUGUUUUUUUUCUUCCGAAAUUCUGUUGCUAUGUAAAUGUAACAUGUGAAGUAUAGAAAUGCCACAGUUCAAUUUCAAGAUU